UGUUAGUGGCCUGUAUAACCCCCCAACAUGCAGUGACCGCCGCGUGUGCUGUCUGACUGACGACAUACAUCAUCGUCUCCACAUCAGCAGAUUGUCACUGAGAAUGGCAGAUCAACCAGCCCAGAAUCCUCCAGCUGCAGCAGGAGAGGCGGAAAAACCGAAAACGGCGAAGCAGCUGGAGAGGGAAGCUAAGAAAGCUGCUAAAUUGGCGAAGUUUCAAGAGAAGCAAGCCAAAGUUGCCGAGAAGUCCGAGGGUCAACAAAAAGAGAAGAAGCCUAAGAAAGUAGAAGAGAAAAAAGUGAUCACCUAUGACUUGCCAACACCUUCAGGAGACAAAAAGGAUGUUAGUGUGGAACUACCAGCCCAGUACAGUCCCAGUUAUGUGGAGGCGGCUUGGUAUGACUGGUGGAAAAAACAGGGAUUCUUCAAGCCAGAGUAUGGAAGAAGUCUGGAUGUCCCUAAUCCUAAGGGAAACUUUAUCAUGGUAAUACCUCCCCCAAAUGUCACAGGAAGUCUUCAUCUUGGCCAUGCACUAACAAAUUCAGUCGAGGAUGCUGUCUGUCGAUGGCACAGAAUGAAAGGUCACACAACACUCUGGGUUCCUGGGUGUGAUCAUGCAGGUAUUGCUACUCAAGUUGCAGUAGAAAAAAAGGUAAAACGCGAAGAGGGGAAGUCCCGCCACGAUUUGGGCCGAGAGGAAUUCACCAAACGUGUGUGGCAGUGGAAGAAUGAGAAGGGUGAUCGCAUCUAUCAUCAAUUAGAAAAGAUGGGAUCAUCACUUGACUGGGAUCGUGUUACUUUUACGAUGGAUCCUGGACCACAGGAAGCAGUGAAGGAGGCAUUUGUAAGACUACAUGAAGAUGGAACUAUUUAUAGAUCUAACCGCCUUGUCAACUGGUCUUGUACGCUGAAAUCUGCAAUCUCUGACAUUGAGGUUGAGAAGAGAGAGCUCCCAGGAUGUACAGAACUGCCAGUCCCAGGAUACAAGAACAAAAUAGAAUUUGGAGUACUUGUUUCCUUUGCAUACCAGGUAGAGAAUUCAGAUGAACGUAUAGUUGUUGCCACAACACGAAUUGAAACCAUGUUAGGUGAUACAGCUGUUGCAGUCCACCCUGAAGAUGAGAGAUACAAGCACCUGCAUGGCAAGACACUCAUUCAUCCUUUCACUGCCCGUAAGCUGCCAAUACUACAGGAUGAUUUUGUUGAGAUGGAAUUUGGUACAGGUGCUGUCAAGAUUACCCCAGCUCAUGAUCCUAAUGAUUAUGAAGUGGGCAAGAGGCAUGAUCUUCCCUUCCUUACGAUUUUCACAGAUGAUGGGUAUAUUGUGGAGGGAUAUGGACAGUUUACAGGGAUGAAACGCUUUGAUGCACGUAAGGCUGUGUUACAAGCACUAAUGGAGAAGGGCUUAUAUGUAGAAACAAAGGACAACCCUAUGAUAGUCCCAAUUUGCUCCCGAUCCAAAGACAUCAUUGAACCCAUGAUUAAGCCACAGUGGUAUGUUAAAUGUUCAGAUAUGGCAGCUAAGGCUGUUGAAGCAGUCAGAUCAGGUGAACUAGAAAUCAUUCCAAAGAUACAUGAAAAAACUUGGUACCAUUGGAUGGAGGAAAUGCGUGACUGGUGCAUAUCCCGGCAACUUUGGUGGGGGCAUCAGAUUCCUGCAUACUUUGUGACAGUUACUGAUCAAUCUUUUCCACCUGGACAGGGUGAUGAAUACUGGGUAAGUGGUCGAACAGAAGAGGAAGCACGACACAAGGCAGCAGCAAAAUUCGAUGUUUCACCAGAUAAGAUCAAGUUAGAGCAGGACCCAGAUGUUCUGGACACUUGGUUCAGUUCUGGCCUUUUUCCAUUUUCUGUCAUGGGUUGGCCAAAACAGACUAAAGAUCUGGAACUGUUUUACCCUAAUACUCUUCUGGAGACUGGUCAUGAUAUUUUGUUCUUCUGGGUUGCUCGAAUGGUUUUCUUUGGGCAGAAACUUUUAGGAAAGUUGCCUUUCAAGCAGGUGUAUCUUCAUGCCAUGGUUCGAGAUGCACAUGGUCGAAAGAUGAGCAAAUCCCUUGGUAAUGUGAUUGACCCGAUGGAUGUCAUACAUGGGAUCACCCUGCAGGAGCUUAACAAACAGCUGGAUGACAACAGUAAUCUGGAUCCCAAUGAAAUUGCAAAAGCAAAAGAAGGUCAGAAAAGUGAUUACCCUCAAGGUAUUCCUGAAUGUGGCACUGAUGCCCUGCGAUUUGCACUGUGUGCCUAUACUUCACAAGGACGGGACAUUAACCUUGAUGUGUUGCGUGUUAAUGGGUACAGGAACUUUUGUAACAAACUGUGGAAUGCUACAAAAUUUGCCAUGAUGAAUAUUGGCACAAGUUUCAAACCGUAUGAAUCACUUAAGGAAUUACACAAAAUGGUAAAAACGGCACAAGAGAAGGUCAUGGUUCAGACCAACACACCGUUCUCCUCACUUACCAACCAUAUUAGAAACAAUAACUAUCAUUGGGGCAGUCUGUCUGAGCUGAAUGAAACCUUAAAACACUUUAGCUAUGUAGAUGGUUUUACGCCCACACAAGCUGAUGUUUCCCUUGUGCAAAUGUUAAACGUUGGGUCAUCACUUUCACCAUAUCCCCAUCUUUUGCGGUGGUACUGCCACAUGGCCAGCUACUCACAGGCAGAGAGAGAUACAUUCCCAGAGGCUAGUAAUAAUGGCCCUUUAACUCCCACCUCUAAGCCCAAGGAGAGAGAGGCUCUGAGUAUGGUGGACAGAUGGAUGCUGAGUCAACUAGCAUAUGCUGUGAAAGAGUGCAACAUUGCCUUUGAAGAAUUCAACUUUCCAAGAGCCACCACAGCUCUGUACAAUCUUUGGUGGUACCAGAUAUGUGAUGUGUACCUGGAAUGCCUAAAACCUGUCAUGUAUUCAGAAAAUGAAGAAGCAAAGGAGCUAAGCUGCAAUGUUCUCUACACAGCUGUGUAUGUGGGUUUGGCACUAAUUUCUCCCUUCAUGCCAUAUCUGUCUGAAGAACUGUUCCAGCGUCUCCCAUCACGCACUGCAAAUCAGCCACCAUCAAUAUGUGUCACACCAUAUCCAGAACCUGAGGAGUAUGAAAUGUUCCUUGAUAAAGAUGUUGAUGAGAAGUUCAGAUUUGGACAGAAAGUCAUCAGUGAGGUGAGGUCGGCCAAGGCAAAAUAUGACAUACCUCACAAAACUAAAAUUGAACUAACCCUUCAAUCAGAGAAUCAUGAAAAUAGAGCCACUCUGGAAUCUCUCAUACAGGAUAUUACCACAUUGUCAGCCGCAUCAAAUGUCAGGGUAUCAACAGAAAAGCCAAAAGGAUCUGUCCCUACCCUUAUUAAUGCUGAGACUGUAGCCUGGAUGAAACUGCAGGGUCUAGUUAACUUGAGCAAUUGUCGAGAAAAAAUCCAGAAGAAGAUAGAGGAUGCAGAAGAUAGGCUGCAAACUCUUCAAUGUGAGAUGGCAAAAUCAAACUAUGAUAAGGUGCCAGAAGAUGUGCGUGCUAAGAAUACUAUAAAGAGGUUAGACUUGGAAGCAGAAUUAGAGCAGAGUAGAGAUGCUAUUAAACAGUUGGAAACAAUGGAAACAGAGUAAAUCUUAAUCUAAACGAAAAAAAGUGUGGUGUCAGUCCAUCAAGUUUGAUUCAAGUAUUUUUAUGGUUUUAACAUUGUAAUUGUUAGGGGUUUGACAGUGAAUAUUUAUUUAACUUUUAAUAAUGAUGCUUAUUUCAUCUGGUCUUGAUGUUUAUUAGGGAUUAGUGUUAUGCCUUAAUGUUUUGAAAUGGUAAUUCCGCCAGAAAUAUUGUGAAGGUAAAUAUCUGACAGAGUUGUCAUAUUCUUCACAUGGGUAACUACAAUAAAUUUGUAUGGUAAA